AUGCUGCAUAUGGCUUGCCUUGCGAAUAUUUGGCUAAUACCGGUCGAGAAUACACAGUUUGUCUCUUCGCGAGGGAACGAAUACUUCUGUGAAAUUGAUGAAGAUUACCUGACCGAUCGGUUCAACCUUACCGGCCUGAACACCGAAGUUCCCUACUACCAAUAUGCCCUGGAUCUCGUGACGGAUGUGUUCGAUCUCGACGCCGAUGAUGAUCUCCGGGAACAAAUUGAGAAGUCUGCCCGUCACCUCUACGGAUUGGUGCAUGCGCGAUACAUCGUGACCACUCGUGGCCUGGCUAAAAUGUACAAGAAAUGCGACUUCGGGAAAUGCCCUCGUGUCCUGUGCGACGGCCACCCCCUCUUGCCCAUGGGCCAAGCCGACCUGCCCAACUCGAGCACGGUCAAGCUCUAUUGCCCCAAGUGCGAAGACAUCUACAACCCCAAAUCCUCGCGCCACGCCUCCAUUGACGGUGCCUAUUUCGGCACCUCAUUCCACUCCAUUCUGUUCCAGGUUUAUCCCGCGCUGAACCCCGAGAAGAGUAUGCGCCGUUUCGAGCCCCGCAUUUAUGGCUUUAAGGUACACGCUGCCGCCGCUCUCGCCCGCUGGCAGGACGCCCACCGGGAAGACAUGACUUGGCGCCUAUCUGACUUUGGCAUUGACCACAAAUUCAUUGAAGAGGAGAGCGAGAGUGAGAGCGAAGAGGCUUACGAGUACGGCGAGGAAGUGUCAACCGCGAAGGCCGAGAAGAUCGCAGGGGACGUGGCAUCAGGCCGCAUGGAUCUAGGCAACUGA